GACGCGGCGUUCGUGCUCCCGCCGGAGCCUGGGGAAGCGGAGAGCAGGAGGCGGCCCGGCCCUGCGUCCACAGGAUGCCCGCCGCGGAGCCGGGUGCCGCCGUCCUCGUGGAGCAGGCGGAGGCGAGGACGCUGCGGGCCGCGGGGCCGCGGCGGCAAGGGUAGCGGGGCUGGAGUUGGCCCCGAGGCGCCGAAGGCGGGCGGAGUGGGAGGAGGAGCGGCAGGCAUCCUCCGCGGCGCGGCGGGCGGGCGGCGGCCCUGCUGCCCCGGCGCGCCCCUGGCCCGGGAGCCCGGAGAAUGCGAGCUGCGCUCCCCGCCGGCCGCCGCCUCCCCCCGCGCCGUGCGCCCGGCGACCCCCGGAGCUGCUCGCGUCGCCGCCGCACCCCAGCUGCGGGCGCCCGGCCGCUGGCUGCGCUAGGACCCGCCGCCGCCGGUCGCCGAGGGCUGGUAGGAAGGGAGGAGCGGGAGCGAAAGGGCUCCGGAGACUGGCGCCCGCCGGGGCGCAGCGCGGCAUGUAGCUGCGGGCUCCCGCGCGAGGGUGUCGGCCCGGCCCCGCCAUGGCUGGGACGGACAGCGGGAACCUGAAGACGGUGAGGCUGUGGCGGGACGCCGCCCUACGCGCCAGGAAGCUGCGGAGCAACCUGCGCCAGCUCAGCCUCAGCGCGGCCGGGGGCUGCCCAGGGACCGACCAGCUCGACUCUCCCGACGCGCCCCAGCUUGUGCUGCCGGCCAACAUCGGGGACAUUGAGGUGCUGAACCUGGGGAACAACGGCCUGGAGGAGGUGCCCGACGGGCUGGGCUCGGCGCUGGGCAGCCUCCGCGUCCUGGUCCUGCGCCGGAACCGCUUCGCCCGGCUGCCCCCAGCGGUGGCCGAGCUGGGCCAUCACCUAACCGAGCUGGACGUGAGCCACAACCGGCUGAGCGUCCUAAGCGCCGAGGUGGUGAGCGCCUUGCGCGAGCUGAGGAAGCUCAACCUCAGCCACAACCAGCUGCCCGCCCUGCCCGCCCAGCUGGGUGCGCUGGUCCACCUGGAGGAGCUGGAUGUCAGCUUUAACCGCCUGGCGCAUCUGCCCGACUCCCUCUCCUGUCUCUCCCGCCUGCGCACCCUCGACGUGGACCACAACCAGCUCACGGCUUUUCCGUGGCAGCUGCUGCAGCUGGCGGCCCUGGAGGAGCUCGACGUGUCCAGCAACCGGCUGCGGGGCCUACCUGAGGAUAUCAGUGCCCUGCGUGCCCUCAAGAUCCUCUGGCUGAGCGGGACCGAGCUUGGCACCCUGCCCAGCGGCUUCUGCGAGCUGGCCAGCCUGGAGAGCCUCAUGCUGGACAACAACGGGCUGCAGGCUCUGCCCGCCCAGUUCAGCCGCCUGCAGCGACUCAAGAUGCUCAACCUCUCUUCCAACCUCUUGGAGGAGUUCCCUGCCGCGCUGCUGCCCCUGGCUGGUCUGGAGGAGCUCUACCUUAGUCGCAACCAGCUCACUUCCGUGCCGUCCCUGAUCUCGGGCCUGGGCCGUCUUCUCACCCUGUGGCUGGAUAAUAACCGGCUCCGCUACCUGCCUGACUCCAUCGUGGAGCUCACGGGCUUGGAGGAGCUGGUCCUGCAGGGGAACCAGAUCGCUGUGCUGCCAGACAACUUUGGCCGGCUCUCCCGGGUGGGCCUGUGGAAGAUCAGGGACAACCCGCUGAUCCAGCCCCCCUACGAGGUCUGUAUGAAGGGGAUCCCCUACAUCGCAGCUUACCAGAAGGAGCUGGCUCAUUCCCAGCCGGCGGUCCAGCCCCGCCUCAAGCUGCUCCUGAUGGGCCAUAAAGCUGCAGGAAAGACCCUGCUCCGUCGCUGCCUGACCGAGGACAGAGUGGAGGGGAACCAAGGAGGAGGGGACAAGGAGAAGAGCCACCCGCCUUCACCUCCUCCCGUGAGCAAGGGCAUCGAGGUGACCAGCUGGACAGCGGAUGCCUCCCGGGGCCUGCGGUUCAUCGUGUAUGACUUAGCUGGGGAUGACAGUUAUGAGGUGAUUCAGCCCUUCUUCCUCUCCCCGGGGGCCCUUUAUGUGCUGGUGGUGAACUUGGCCACCUAUGAGCCGCUCCGCUUUCCCACCACCGUGGGCUCCUUCCUGCAUCGGGUAGGGGCCCGGGUGCCUCACGCCGUGGUGUGCGUUGUGGGCACGCACGCCGACCUCUGCGGGGAGCAGGAGCUGGAGGAGAAGUGUCUGGACAUCCACCGCCAGAUCGCCCUGCAGGAGAAGCAUGACGCUGAGGGGCUGAGCCGGCUGGCCCAGGUGGUGGAUGAGGCACUGGCCCGGGACUUUGAGCUCCGCUCCGCCAGCCCCCAUGCAGCCUACUACGGUGUGUCCGACAAGAACCUUCGGCGGCGCAAGGCCCACUUUCAGUACCUGCUCAACCACCGGCUGCAGAUCCUCUCCCCUGUGCUGCCCGUGAGCUGCAGGGACCCACGCCAGUUACAGCGCCUGCGGGACAAACUGCUCUCAGUGGCUGAGCACCGGGAAAUCUUCCCCAACCUCCACAGAGUACUGCCUCGGUCCUGGCAGGUGCUGGAGGAGCUGCACUUCCAGCCCCCUCAGGCGCAGCGUCUCUGGCUCAGCUGGUGGGACUCGGCUCGCCUGGGCCUGCAGGCCGGCCUGACCGAGGACCGGCUGCAGAGCGCCCUCUCCUACCUGCACGAGAGCGGCAAGCUGCUCUACUUUGAGGACAGCCCGGCCCUCAAGGAGCACGUCUUCCACAACCUCUCCCGCCUCAUCGACAUCCUCAACGUCUUCUUCCAGAGGGAUCCUUCCUUGCUGCUGCAUAAGCUGCUUCUGGGGACCAGCGGCGAGGGCGAGGCUGAGAGCCGGGGUGGAAGCUCCCCGCUGAUGGCGCCGCCCGCCCCAAGCCAGGAUGCGCUCCGGGCCACCCAGCUCCAUCAUUAUGUGGAAGGCUUUCUGCUGCAUGGGCUCCUGCCGGCCCACGUCAUCCGGCUGCUGCUGAAGCCUCACAUCCAGGCUCAGCAGGACCUGCAGCUCCUGCUGGAGCUGCUGGAGAAGAUGGGACUCUGUUACUGCCUCAACAAAGCCAAGGGCAAGCCUCUGAAUGGGUCCACGGCCUGGUACAAGUUCCCGUGCUAUGUGCAGAACGAGGUGCCCCACGCGGAGGCCUGGAUUAACGGGACCAACCUGACCGGGCAGUCCUUUGUGGCUGAGCAGUUGCAGAUUGAAUAUAGUUUUCCCUUCACCUUUCCACCCAGCUUGUUUGCACGCUACAGCGUCCAGAUCAACAGCCAUGUGGUGCACAGGUCGGAUGGCAAACUUCAGAUCUUUGCAUACAGAGGGAAAGUCCCUGUGGUGGUGAGUUACAGACCUGCCAAGGGGGUCCUGCAGCCGGACACCCUGUCCAUUGCCAGCCACGCAUCCUUACCGAACAUAUGGACGGCAUGGCAAGCCAUAACCCCCUUAGUAGAGGAACUGAAUGUCCUACUUCAGGAAUGGCCUGGACUGCACUACACUGUGCACAUCCUCUGUUCUAAGUGCCUUAAGAGAGGGUCACCCAAUCCACACGCUUUCCCAGGUAAGAGGGGAGAGGGAUGUGUCUCCCGUGCCGUAUGUUUUAAGAUGCAUUUUGGGAAGAUACUUGUUUCUCCUUUGGCAGACUGUUUGCUUAAGCUCACUGGCUCCCCAGGAAAGCUUUUCAAGGAAAAUGGGGAUUUGGGGACAAGCAAAAGGCAGUUAAGUAUGUUAGCUAUAUGAAUAUAGUCCCCAGUAUCAUGUAGCAUACUCUUCUAAUAGAAAGACUCAAACUUCCAAAGUGGGUUCCAGUCAGAACAUUUCGGAUCUCCGUUUCCCUCUUCCCAAUUCAGCCCGCCUUUCCUGGAAGGAAAUUUCAGAUGGUUGAACAGAAGAUGAGCGGUGUCUGUUGCCGAGCCCUGGGCUAUAAUGCUUAUUAGACACGUGUCGAAGGGGUGCUCUGAGUUUGACAUGUCUAGUCUCAUAUUCUUUUGUUUAAGUUCAGAGUGUGACCAUAAUGGAGAAAUUAUUGCUCCUUUUUCUUAAGAAAUUCCAGAGAAGAAUGUUUCGUAAUCGGGGUGAAUGAUGGAUUAGUAAAGAUAAAAGUGUCGGUCUGUAAGGCAUGACUCAAUCCUGGGAUCACGGUUUCACCCACUGCACUCUAGGGCAUGAAAGAGAGAUUACUGAAAUCUCUAAGGGGAGUUUUUUGGGUAUUUCUUGGUAAUUUUGUGCUUUACCAACAUCUUAAGGCCCGGUUUUUGGUUAAGUGUUAGAGAGUGGAGCUUUAUGGAGGUGCUUUGUAAGAGAUGGAAGGGACAAGAAACUGACACGAGUUUUUGGGUUUUGUUUUGUUUUUCCUCUUUUGGGGAGUGUUUUCCAGCAGACUUUUUUUUUUUUU